UGGUAAACUGGACUGUUUGAAGUGAAGUAUUAGACAUUUCAAAAUGAUGAAAAUUGAUUUAUGUGUAUUCUUAAUUAUUUGUCAUGGACUUUUAUUGUUGGUUAAAUCAGAUGAAUCACAGUGCUUUAACUUCACUUGGCUAGCACCUGGGUUUCAGAAUUCACCUGAGAGAUAUAAUUGUUCAACACGUAAAGGUGUUCCUUGCAUUCCAGAUAUAAUUAUUACAGAAAAUCUCCCUAAUACAACAAGUUUUUGGGAAUCAAAGGAACAUUUAUGUACUGCAAAAUCUGGCAAUGUCUGCAUAAAAUAUACUUUUAUUUAUAACAAUGAUAUUGUUAAUACAUCAUCGUUUUGUGGAAAAGCAAUAGAAGAUAAAACAGUACCUAUUACAUCGGGAUGCUAUGAACAACAUGUAGACGGUUAUGUACUUGAAAUGUGUGCUUGCCAACCUAGAAAAGGGAGAGAACCUUGUAAUGUAUCAGUAAAAACAAAAUAUUCUAUUAUUUUAAUGAUUGCAAUGUUACUCGCAUUUAUAAAUUUUGCGUAA